CAGACGGGUCAUGCAACAAGAUGGCGUCGGGGCAACAGUGGGUGUUGGUGGAGAUGGUGCAGGCCGUUUACGAGGCCCCAGCUUACCAUCUGAUUCUGGAAGGAAUUCUCAUUUUAUGGAUCAUCAGACUCCUGUUCUCCAAAACCUACAAACUCCAGGAGCGCUCUGACUUAACAGAGAAGGAGAAAGAGGAGCUUAUUGAGGAAUGGCAGCCAGAACCACUUGUCCCUCCAGUAUCAAAGGAGCACCCUGCCCUUAACUAUAACGUUGUCACAGGUCCCCCAACCCACAAGAUCGUGGUUAACGGUAAUGAAUGUAUAAACUUUGCCUCCUUUAAUUUCCUUGGCUUGCUGGAUAAUGAAAAAGUCAAGAAUGUGGCUUUGGCUUCACUGAAAAAAUACGGUGUUGGUACAUGCGGGCCCAGAGGGUUUUAUGGAACAUUUGAUGUUCACUUAGAACUAGAGGAUCGAAUUGCCAAAUUCAUGAGAACAGAGGAGGCCAUUAUUUAUUCGUAUGGAUUUGCUACAAUAGCCAGUGCCAUCCCAGCAUACUCGAAGAGAGGAGACCUUGUGUUUGUAGAUGAAGCAGCAUGCUUUGCCAUUCAGAAAGGUUUGCAGGCUUCACGCAGUAACAUAAAGUAUUUUAAACACAAUGAUAUGGAUGACUUGGAGAGGCUUCUAAAAGAGCAGGAAUUUGAGGACCAGAAGAAUCCUCGCAAAGCACGUGUGACUCGAAGAUUUCUCUUUGUAGAAGGAUUGUACAUGAACACUGGAUCUAUUUGUCCACUUCCAGAACUGGUAAAACUAAAGUACAAAUACAAAGUGCGGAUUUUCCUAGAAGAAAGCUUGUCCUUUGGAGUUCUAGGAGAGCAUGGACGAGGUGUAACAGAACAUUUUGGGGUGAAUAUUGAUGAUAUUGACCUCAUAAGUGCAAAUAUGGAAAACGCAUUGGCUUCCAUUGGAGGAUUCUGCUGUGGAAGAUCAUUUGUUAUUGAUCACCAGCGACUUUCGGGACAAGGCUACUGUUUCUCAGCAUCCUUACCACCAAUGCUUGCUUCUGCUGCGAUAGAGGCUCUCAACAUUAUGGAAGAUGAUCCAGAUAUUUUCAGAAAAUUGAGCCAAAAAUGUCAACAAAUCCAUCUUGCUUUGCAUGGUAUAUCUGGUCUGAAAGUUGUGGGUGAAUCAUUUUCUCCAGCCUUUCAUCUACAGCUGACAAGGAGCAGAGGAUCACGAGAGAAUGAUGUGAAGCUAUUGCAGGAAAUUGUAGAUUAUUGCCAGAACCGAGGGAUUGCAUUAACUCAAGCUCGCUACUUGGAUAAGGAGGAAAAGUUUUUGCCGUCUCCAAGUGUGCGGGUGGUGGUCACGGUGGAACUCACGGAAGAAGAGUUGGAGAAGGCAGCAUCAAUAAUCAAGGAAGCAGCUGAACAUAUCCUUCAGUAGGAUGGCCUGGUGUUUUAAUAUUGUGAUCUUCAGUGGACCAGAAAUCGAGCAGGCACGUCACGUACCAAAGGUUGCCUACUCUGAAAGAGUGUGGAAAAACAUGAUCAAUAACCACAAGAUAAGGAUGACACAACUGCAGUAAAUUAACAUAACUAUUUUUUUCCUUUUUUACUUAUUUUCCUUCUUGUGUUAUAAUUAUGGAAGUCCUGCUUGAGAAAUCUUGAGUACAGUUGGCUUAAAAUAAAUGCAAAAAAAAUGAAAAAAAAACUGGUUGCUUCAACCAUCAGGACAAAUCAAAUGAGGAUCCAGGAAAAUUUCCAUCUUAGAGUUUCUUGUCCAUAUAUUACAUUUUUGUUUUGUAAAAUAAUUAAUUUGUUCCCAAUGUUUGUAAAUGACUGUGUGCCUCACGGGAGCAAUCUGUAUUAAUAGUAGUUCCUAUCAAUUGACAAUGUGGUGUAAAGCUUUGUGUAAAAUUAUAUAAGGAACUAAAAUCUGUUGCUUAUUUUGAAUUUUCCUAUUUUGGAAUGAUGAUCAAUUUCCUAAAACAUAGUACAUUUGUUGACAUCAUUGUGCACGGGACUUUUUUUUAUGUCUUGCUUGAUUAUGGGAAUGCAGUCCCUUUAAAAACUACUGAUGUUUAAUUUACUUUUAUUUAAAACAUUUCAUUGCUAGAUGAUCAUUCCAUAUUUAAAAUAACAUUAAUUUAAAUGUUUUUCCUGAUCCAGCUGUGGAAUUUGGGUGGUUGCACAUUCUUCUUCAUCUGUUAACUCUUGACACUUGUUCACCAAUACAAAGAAUGCACUUCAGAGGAAAUCUUUUCUUUUAAAAGUCUGUUUCUGGGAUUACACACCAGUUCUUGUGAACUGAUAGCUGCUGUAUUAACAAUAAAAUGUUUACCUUUUGAAAUUAAUACUCAUUAUUUGGAUGCACAUCAAAGUAAAAAGCAGUUCCAAAAUAGACUUUUUAAAGACUAUGAAGAAUGUGAACUUACCCAUGGGUUUCCAGUCUGGCAGUUUCAGCAGGAGUCCUGGAUUGAGAACUACAUUCUCAAGUCACUUGGACUUUUAUUUACUCUGUAUCAUUUCUUCAUAUCUUCCCCAAUCCCUCUCAGCUGUUUGUUAACAUGCAAAGAUUGUGCUGGAAAGGGCUUUAUUUGUGUUGUGUGUGUGGGGGGGUGGGGGGAGGCGACAGGAAGAGGAAUGAGUGUGUAAGUAGAGAGAUACUAGGGUACGCAGUCCCAUAGAACUACAGAAUGACUAGACUAAUUACACGGUGACAAUGAUGACGAUCGCUAAAGUUUAAAUAUGAGUGAUAAGUCUAAUGCUUCCAUCCCAAAUGGUAUAGUACUCACAUCUCAGAAACCUCAUCCCUUUGACUUGAAAA